GGCACAAACAAAAGCGUUUCGCCAUUGCAGAUUUUGGUUUCAGCUCAGAGAAGAAGUAGAAGUCGCCAUCGCCAGAAUCACGUUUCUCUGACACCAUCAACAAACAAUGAUGCAGCGAUGGUUGACCAAGCUACGCACUUUCGCCGUUAAUUCGCCCCAGUCUUCUCCGCCACUUACACCAAUUUUCCGGUGUCUCAUCCACCACGCAACGCCGUUGCAAUCCCUCCACCUCCCUGCUUCCAGCAAUCUCACUUUCACUUCUCGUUCUCUCUUCAAUUUCUCGUCUUCACCUCAUUUCUCAUUUUCUCGUCUCCCAUCUCGUCUUUCUCCACUUUCUCCCUCCUUGGUUCAAGUGCGGCAUGUAUCAUCAAGGGAAAGGAAGCUGAAGAGAAAGCCAAUGACCCCAGUCACUUCUAAGAUUAAGAAAACUAAGAUGAAGUCUUAUUCGUCUUACAAGUUGAGGUUUCGAACAUUGAAAGAUGGAACCAUCAGACGCUGGCAUGAGGGGAAACGCCACAAUGCUCAUUUGAAGUCAAAGAAAUCAAAACGCAGAUUGAGAAAACCAGCCAUUGUACCUGUAGCUUAUGCCAAAGUUAUGAAGAAACUGAGUUUUUGUGGUUAGAAAGCAUAGUAAGUUGCUGCCAGUUACUGCAGAAAGUGGAAUUUGUGGUCACAUUCACAUGUUGCUUUUUUAACUCUGAUCAUUUGUCCACUUUCACAUGUUACGAAUCUUUGUAGAAUGAGCAAUAUUACGAAGCAAUUUCUUUCUCAUCUUGUUUUGCUGGAACUGUUAAGAGUUGAAUGUGCCUAUUCAAAGAGGCAUUUUUUUUAGUAGACACAUUGUUGUGCAAUAUUAUUAACAUGCUGUGGCUGAUUGAUUCUUUGUUGGAGUA